AUGGUCGCUGCAUCUAUCGCCCAUGCCUCUUUAUCCAAUUCCUCAACAAGGACGACACGUGUGCUAAACGGGCACUCUUUCAAGAUUGCUUCAAAAGCCACAGCACACGGCGCGCCCACCAAGGCAUCAAAUCCCCGACUGCUACCACUUGAUUCUUUGUCACUGCCGUCAAGCAUGGCAGGAUUAAACGGUUUUUUUUUUAUCCAGAACCAUACACCACUCUUGUGGGUGCGUCGUCACGCGACCCCCCAUAAACUUGUGCCAAAAGGUGUAUGGAGUGUACCCAAGCUGCUGCAGCGCCCGUGUCAUUGCCCCGCAACCGGGAACCAUUGCCAAGCACAGCACCUUUGGCGGGGCAGGCAGCCACUGACCGCAACGCCACUUGUUGAUGGUGUUGCUGUCGAUGCACUCAAAGCAAUGUGA